CGAAAAAAAGAUCUUCACACUAUCAUCAGCGAGCUAAGCUCUCUUUCGAUGGCUUUCUUCUCCUUCCCUCCUUCUCUUUGACCUUUCAUCGAACACCUUCAGACCAUUCACCAGAGAUUGAGAUCGAGAGUCGUCGUGUUCGCCAUGGCGACAAUGGCGUGCGUCUCGCUCAAUCCCUCCUGCCCUACUUCGUUCCCUGGAAAACCAGCGAGGAUUUCUAUCUCCAAGCUUCCAUUCACUAUCUAUUUUCCUAGGAAAUCGAGUUCUAGGGUUCGCUUUCGUUCUACUAGCUUGAUAGCGGUCGCCAGGUACGGUGGUGGUUCCCGGAGAUCUUUCCCCGACGUCCGCUCCCCUGAUGUUGACUACGACCCCGCCCUCGAUCUCGACCGGAUCCAAUCAACUUCUGUGAGGUUACUAGAUGAAGAACAAAACAUGGUAGGGGUGGUGUCUAAAAGUGAAGCCAUUCGGAUGGCAAACAAUUCUGAGCUUGUCCUGGCCAUAUUGUCUGCUGAUGCAGAUCCUCCUGUCCUCAGACUUUUUGAUGUCUUGGAUUACAAAAAAUACAAGUAUGGACAACAAAAAAAGAAAAGAGUGCAACAAAAAAGAUCUGCUGCUAAUCGUAUGGAUCUCAAGGAGCUCAAAAUGGGGUAUAACAUUGAUUCCCAUGAUUAUUCUGUAAGGCUGAGGGCUGCCCAAAGGAUUCUAAAAGAUGGUGAUAAGGUUAAGGUCAUUGUGAACUUGAAAGGCAGGGAAAAUGAAUUUAGGAACAUUGCUAUUGAACUUAUAAAGCGUUUCCAAAAUGAUAUUGGCGAGCUGGCCACCGAGGAGAGCCAGAAUUUACGUGACAGGAACAUCUUCAUCGUUUUGGUGCCUAACAAAGCAGUUAUUCAGAAGGAGGAGGCGAAGAAAAAGGAAACACCAGUCUCAGAAGUUUCGGCCAAUGUCUGAUGUUUUGAUGGAGUGAUUGUUGGAUCUCAUUACAGCAAGGCUUGAUGAGCUAGGGAUCGAGAUGCUGGAUGCUCUUCUUUUCACCAAUGCUCCAGAACAAUUACAGAUAUGAAACUGUAACUCUGUUUCUAUGCUUCAAGAAGUAGUGAAAAGAAUUAUGGUGCUCAAUUUAUACUCUUUCUUUGAAUUAAAUAGUAGUGCAAAAUGUUGUAUUUCUUGGUUUUAGAAUGUAGAACUAUUUCAAUUCCCAGUGCUGUACAUUGUGCCAUGUUUAUCACCUUUACUAGAGUUAUCUUUUUUAUCAUAAUAAUUCUCCGAGUUUCUUGUA